UGAUAAUCGACACACAAGCUCAAAAUGGUGUAUACCGAACGCACAGACAAGUAUUUGACGACCGCCAAGGAUAAUGCCAGCCAGAGCAAGGCGGCGUCCCAGAAGCCGGAGCAGAUCAGCAGCAGCGGCGGCAGCAGCAGCGGCUCUGCUGGCGCAUGGAGCGGUAAGGCUUCGACUGAGGACAAAUGGAAGUACAACAAUAUGGUUAAGAAUAAUCGUGACCAGUUCAAUGGCAUGCACUUCUCCUAAAUCAUCAAUAUCGGGCGGACGAUGGCGCAUCGCGGCCAUACGUUUGCGUCGUUUGAUGGAGGAGGACGAGAGGGGGAAUGUGACUGCAGCGUGAUUCAGAGACUAUACUUAUAGCUCCAUAGGGUCCAUGGGGUCGCAUAAAUAAGUUAAGCUUGUUAUUCAGAUUGUGAUAGUUGCAUAAUUUGGUGUUAAAUUAGAAUUGAAAUUUCAAAAUAAGAUGCGCAAAAAAAAACCA